UUCUGGUUUUUAACCCUCCCCUCUCCCCGCUGCCUUUUCGCCUCCCGUGCUGCCCCCAGGUCGAUGGCGCAGGAGUGAGGAGCUGAAGGAUGCUGAAGAAGAGCACCUUGGUGGGGUGGGGGGCGGUGCUCUUCCUCGCCUGGAACGGCCUCCUCCUCCUCUUCCUGUGGAGCCGGCCGGCCCCGGGGCCGGCGGAAGGCGACCGGCUGACGGCGGAGGUGAUCCGCCUGGCCCAGGACGCCGAAGCGGAGCUGGAGCGCCAGAAGGACCUCCUGCGCCAGAUCCACCGCUACAGCGGCCUGUGGGGGGCCCGGCGGCAGCGGGGGGCGGCCCGGCUCACCCCCAAACCCCCGCCCCAGCCCCCGCCCCCUUCCGCACCGCCCCAGCCCCUCGCCGACCCCUCCGGCACCGUCUUGCCGGUGCUGGUGCUGGCCUGCGACCGCAGCACCGUCCGGCGCUGCCUGGAUAAGCUGCUGCGCUACCGGCCCUCGGCCCAGCGCUUCCCCCUGAUCGUCAGCCAGGACUGCGGCCACGCCGAGACCGCCAAGGUGAUCGCCAGCUACGGCCAGGCCGUGGCCCACAUCCGGCAGCCGGACCUGAGCGACAUCCCGGUGCCGGCGGAGCACCGCAAGUUCCAGGGCUACUACAAGAUCGCCCGGCACUACCGCUGGGCCCUGGGGCAGGUGUUCCGCACCUUCCGGUACCGGGCGGCCAUCGUGGUGGAGGACGACCUGGAAGUGGCUCCGGACUUCUUCGAGUACUUCCAAGCGGCCUUCCCUCUGCUCCUGGCCGACCGCAGCCUCUGGUGCGUCUCGGCCUGGAACGACAACGGCAAGGAGCAGAUGGUGGACGCGGCGCGGGCCGAGCUCCUCUACCGCACCGACUUCUUCCCCGGCCUGGGGUGGCUGCUGCUGGCCGAGCUGUGGGACGAGCUGGAGCCCAAGUGGCCGGCGGCCUUCUGGGACGAUUGGAUGAGGCAACCGGAGCAGCGCCGCGGCCGCUCCUGCGUCCGGCCGGAGGUGUCCAGGACGAUGACCUUCGGCCGCAAGGGGGUCAGCCACGGGCAGUUCUUCGACCAGUACCUGAAGUUCAUCAAACUCAACGACCGUUUUGUGCCUUUCACCACUUUGGACCUUUCUUACCUCAAAAAGGAGGAGUACGAGCGCUCCUUCCUGCCCCGCGUGUACGGCGCGCCGGAGGUCAAGGUGGAGGAGCUCCAAGGCAACCGGCGGCGCGAGCUGGGCGAGGUCAGGUUGCAGUACCGGGGCCGGGACUCCUUCAAGGCCUUCGCCAAAGCCCUGGGCCUGAUGGACGACCUCAAGUCCGGCGUCCCCCGCGCCGGCUACCGCGGCAUCGUCAGCUUCGUCUACAGGGGGCGCCGCGUCUACCUGGCGCCGCCGGAGGACUGGGCCGGCUACGACCCCACCUGGAGUUAGCGCCCCCUGGGGGCUGCUGGUUAGGAUCCUACCUGGAGUUAGCGCCCCCCUGGGGGCCGCUCUCUU